GAGGCCGUAGAGGCUGGAAACCUCCUCCGCAAAGCGGGAGUAAUGGAAGUGAAUUGUUUAACACUAAAAGACCUGAUCAACCCCAGGCAGCCCAGACUAGAUUUUGCCACCGAAGAUGGGGAAAAUGCACAAAAGGAAAAUAUAUUUGUUGAUCGAUCAAGGAUGGCCCCGAAAACUCCAAUAAAAAAUGAACCAAUUGAUUUAUCGAAGCAAAAAAUCUUCACUCCAGAAAGAAACCCCAUUACUCCAGUUAAGCUUGUGGACAGACAGCAGACAGAACCAUGGACGCCCACAGCUAACCUGAAGAUGCUCAUUAGUGCUGCCAGCCCUGACAUAAGAGAUUGGGAGAAGAAAAAGGGACUGUUCAGACCCAUUGAGAACAAGGAUGAAGUGUUUACAGACUCUCUGCAGCUUCGUGUUGUGGGGGACGUUGCUGUGGAGAAAUUUGAGAAACGCAGGCCGAGCAGAAAACAGAAAAGUUUAGGACUCCUGUGCCAGAAGUUUCUAGCUCGCUAUCCAAGUUAUCCCUUGUCAGCUGAGAAAACCACCAUCUCCCUAGAUGAAGUGGCUGUCAGUCUUGGCGUGGAAAGGAGACGCAUCUAUGACAUUGUGAACGUGCUGGAGUCACUGCACUUGGUCAGCCGGCUGGCCAAGAACCAGUAUGGCUGGCACGGACGGCACAGCCUGCCGAGGACCCUGCGGAACCUCCAGAGACUAGGAGAGGAGCAGAAGUACGAGGAGCAGAUGGCAUCCCUCCAACAGAGGGAGCUGGACCUGAUGGAUUACAAAUUCGGAGAACGUAAAAAAGAUGGCUGUGCAGAUCCCCACGAUCAACAGUUGCUGGAUUUCUCGGAGCCCGACUGUCCCUCCUCAUCUGCAAACAGAAAAGACAAGUCUCUGAGAAUCAUGAGCCAGAAGUUUGUCAUGCUGUUCCUCGUCUCUAAAACCAAGAUUGUUACUCUCGAUGUGGCUGCCAAAAUCCUGAUAGAAGGAAGCCAGAAUGUGCUGGACCACAGUAAAUUUAAAACAAAGGUCCGACGUCUCUAUGACAUCGCCAAUGUCCUGACCAGCCUGGCUCUGAUCAAGAAAGUGCACGUGACGGAAGAGCGAGGCCGUAAGCCAGCCUUCAAGUGGAUCGGGCCUGUGGACUUCGCCUCCAGUGAUGAAGAACUAGUGGAUGUUGCUGCAUCUGUCUUACCAGAACUGAAAAGUGAAACAUACAGCAAAGUUCACAUCUGUGCUGCACAGAAGCUGGCUCGACGUGGCUCCUUCAACAGAGUUCCAGCUUCUGAGAGGAGUCACAGGAAAGUGAACUCGGGACCCAGCAGCCCUUCCAGGGAAGCACAAGGACCAGGUGGCUUCCUAGAAAUUGGAAGUCUGGCAGCUAUUUACCAACAGCAAAUAGAAGACAAGCCACAGGGCAAAGCCUUGGACGGGGAGGGGGUGACGCUUCCAUCCAGCAGCCUGGACCCCGCCGCUCCUUUCCCUGUCCACCCUGUGGACUCAGAAUACUGUGUCAAUCCUUUAGUCCACCAGGUGUUUUCCGUGCCUCCGACGGACUUGCAGGCCUUCUCCACACAGAAUGGUCUGAAUAGACAAGUAGGUGUCUCCCUCGCUUCUGCGGCCUCAGACUUGGAGAGCCUGAAGCCAGGCCUGCUGGCCGGCCAGCCCCUGCUGUACGUGCCCUCCACCUCUCUGUUCAUGCUGUGCGGGAGCCUGCAGGAGGGACCGCCCCCGGAGCCCGGGUCCGAGAGGGACAGCAGAGGCUCAGAGGCCUCAGCCGCAGCGCUGUGGUCCACACCCGCAGCCCAGAAGCGCCUGGGUGAGGAGAGGCAGCUGCCAGAGGAGGAGGAGGAGGAGCCGGCAGCUAAAAGACAAAGCAGGGGCUACGAAGACGGCCCUCUGUCCCUGGUCAUGCCCAAGAAAUCCGCAGAUUCCUCAGAUGUUGCCUCUCCCAAGAUGCGGGGUAACAGGGUGCCUGUGUCCCUUGAAGAUGUGCCCUUGAAUAGCCACCUGCCUGCUGCAAGGGGCGUUUGGGGAAAGGCUCCAGCACAUGGCUUCGUUUCUUCCGAGUGGGGAAGUCUUCCAAGGAACACAGAGAUUGAAAAGCCUUUGCAAGAAAAUGAAGGCACCACCGAGCCCUCUUUGCUGCAGUGUCUUUACGUGCAGCCACCAGCCGGAUUAAAUGGUCUCAACGUGCUCUUACCUGGCAGUCAGACCCCUCAUGCUAUGAGACCACCUUCGGGUCAGCUGCCACCCCUCGGUGUCCCUUGCAUGGUCUUACCAUCUUCGACACUGGGCCCAUUUCCUGUUCUCUACUCUCCCACAAUGGCCGGGCCGGUUUCUCCUGCCCCUGGCUCUGUCCCAAACACGGGACCUGGGAGUUUCCGCUUGCCAGGCCUCGGAUCAACGCCUCAUCUUCUCAUCGGCCCUGCAGCCCUGGUUAACCCAAACUCCUCGACACUCCCUCCAGCAGACCCUCAGCUUCAGGGUCCCCACUCACUUAACCAGAGUCCAGUGAUGUCCAGACCCCACAACGCCACCCAGCCCACGUCCCCAGUGUACGAAGGACACCCAGGCUCUGUGGUGAAAUUACAGCAGUCCCCAACUCCAGGGACCCCCAAGAGCACCCGACACACACAUUGUGAGACAUUCUUCAAGACACCCGGCAGCCUUGGAGACCGGGUCCUUAGGAGAAGAGAGAGCAAGCAGUCGCAAAACGCCAGCUCAGCGCAGCGGAGACUUGAAAUACCCAGCGGCGGUGCCCACUAGCCGGGUGCUCUGCCCGAUGGCGUGCCUCAGACCGCCUGAGCUUCCCUGUCCGUCACAGGUCAGGUCCUGGCGCUGGAGCGAAGCAGAAUGCACGCCAUCGCGCCUUUCACCCUCCGGUCCUCACGUCGACUUCCCAUCACCGUCUAUUCUCCUGAAAGUCAUUGUUACUAAUUGCGCGUUUAGUACCAGUUAGCGCCCAGACUCUGUGCCUGGUGUCGCAGGGAAAGCGCCCGCUGACUUGUGGUUUUGCUCCAAGAAUUCUCUAUUUGCUCGAAGUAGAUCGGAACAGGCUACUGGAGCCAGUGGUUUCCCUAAAGGUGGGGCCUGUCCAGCACUUAGCCAGGGUGAGUGUCCCUGACGUGUCUUUCCACUCGCCCUGAGUAGAUCUGUGGUGAGAGAGCCUUCCUUCCUGCAGAUUAAAAAGCUACGGCUUCCUAGGCUUCAUCGGGAAGACAGCGUCAGCUGUGAAUCCUACCGUGUUAUUUAUUGUGUUCCUGGAAUGGGCCUUAGUGCAAAAAGUUUACAAGUACAGCAAAACAUGCUCUUCAGGGUGUGACGACUUGAAUGUUUGUGCUUUUCCCCUAUAAUUAGCCCUGCACUUACUUUACACCUUAGAGAUAAUGUGGAAAAUGUUGGUACACAUGACAGAAUGUCAAGACCAAAAUAACUGUGAAUGGCACACCUUGCUACAACGGAUGUGCUAACCGUGUCUGGGCACAAGAGCUUAGAUGAACUACAGCAGCCGAACCGCUGCUUCUCAGUUAACUGUGGACAAAAAAAAAAAAAAAAAAAACCACCUUACUGUGUUCACUGUCCUUCACUACAUGCCCCUGUGGGGUGCUUUUUUAUUAUUAUUUAAAUAUUAAAUGUCAGGUCUGGAUGCCUUCUAACAAUUGCUGUUCAUUGGAUAAAUCAGGGGGGUGGAAAAUAAUUGUAUGGGAAAUUGGCAUCUGAAUAGGACCUUUUGGUAGAAUUCUGAGGAAUUAAUGUAGAAACUGAUAAUAGGACAAUAGGUGAUUAUUUUUUCCUUUGCUUUUUGUCUUCAGUUUGGAAGGGUAAGAGGAAAGUGGACACAGGUUGUUGAGUACCUAAGAGCAUUCAAACCAGAGUUAUGUUCAGAGGACAGAAGAGUAAGCACGUGAAAGCAGGGGCUUAUAGUUCAGCGCGACUGCAAUUCGGGAAGCUGUCAUGCAGUAUCCCUUUGUCAACCCGGAUUACUUCAGGGCUUCCGUACAUAAGCCAGACGAGAUCUUUGUAUGCCUAAAUUUAUUGAUCUUAACCCAGGGGUGGGCAAACUUUUUGACUCGAGGGCCACAAUGGGUUCUUAAACUGAACCGGAGGGCCGGAACAAAAGCAUGGAUGGAGUGAUUGU